CCAUUCAACCUCUGUAGUCAGCAGAACGAGAGGCUGAGCGGAGCAUCGCAGCAUCCUCGGCUCCAGCAUCCUGCAGGAGGAGGAGGAGGAGAGGGGAAAAGAUCCGGUGAUAAAUAGAAGAAGAAAAAAACAGGGAAAAUGGCACAUGAAGACAGGCAGAGAGGAGCAGGAAAUCACAGAGGGAGUAAGAGCGCUAAAUGAAAGGACCUGAACAAACAGCGCUGCCUGAGGACCACUGCAGCUACAGUAAAUCUGAAGCUGUCAGGGCAAACUCUCAGAGAGCCACCGAGUGAGGAAGAAAAGGGGAGCAGAGGAAAAAAGAAGUCACUUGAAGAGCUGAUCUCAUCACUCUGGACAAGCAGGGAUGGGAAUCCUGAGAGACUAGUUGUCAGCAGAUCUACCCUCUCACAAGAACACUGCUUUUGGUUCAACAGUUUGAACCUGCCUCUUCAAAGAGCUGACAAAACAAGGAAGAGAUAUGCCCUGGUAGUUCCAAAGACGGUGAUCCCAAACCUCUUACUGCUGUCCUCAUCUCCCCAUCGCACCUGCCCGCUCCUGGUGGAUGUCUUCUCUUCUCUGCUCCCACUGCUCGGCAGUUGAACACACUCAUGGUCGAUGCAAAGGGACGGAACAUGAAAUGUCUGACUUUCUUCUUAAUGCUCCCUGAAUCGGUGAAAGGCAAGUCAAGCAAAAGCUCCAAGAAAGGGAAUGCCAGCGGCGGCUCCAAGCUGCCACCAGUCUGUUAUGAGAUAAUAACUCUUCGGAGCAAGAAGAAGAAGAUGUCAGCAGAGAUAUUCCCCACUAAGAAGCCGGCGUCCUCCACCACCACCACGGUGCAACAGUACCAACAGCAGAACCUCAACAACAACAACACCAUACAGAACUGUAACUGGCAGGGACUUUACUCAACCAUCAGAGAAAGGAACUCAGUGAUGUUCAACAAUGAGCUGAUGGCAGAUGUUCAUUUUGUUGUGGGUCAACCUGGACGGACCCAGAGGUUGCCAGGACACAGAUACGUCUUGGCCGUGGGCAGCUCCGUGUUCCACGCCAUGUUCUAUGGGGAACUCGCAGAGAACAAAGAUGAAAUCCACAUACCAGACGUGGAACCGGCAGCAUUUCUGGCGAUGCUCAAGUACAUUUACUGCGAUGAAAUCGACCUGACUGCUGAUACCGUCUUGGCUACUCUUUAUGCUGCCAAAAAGUACAUUGUCCCCCACCUGGCACGAGCCUGCGUCAACUUCCUGGAGACCAGCCUGAGCGCCAAAAACGCCUGCGUGCUGCUCUCCCAGAGCUGCCUGUUCGAGGAGCCCGAGCUGACGCAGCGCUGCUGGGAGGUGAUUGAUGCCCAGGCUGAGCUGGCGUUGCGUUCCGAAGGCUUCUGCGACAUUGAUGCGCAGACCCUGGAGAGCAUCCUGCAGCGGGAGACGCUCAACGCUAAAGAGAUAGUGGUGUUUGAGGCGGCGCUCUGCUGGGCUGAAGCUGAGUGCCAGAGACAGGAGCUCACGUCUUCCACUGACAACAAGCGUAAAGUUUUAGGCAAGGCCAUGUACCUGAUCCGAAUCCCUACGAUGGCUCUGGAUGAUUUUGCGAACGGCGCGGCUCAGUCCGGCGUGUUGACACUCAACGAGACCAAUGACAUCUUCCUGUGGUACACGGCAGCCAAGAAGCCUGAGCUGCAGUUUGUCAGUCAGCCCAGGACGGGUCUGACACCGCAACGCUGCCACAGAUUCCAGUCCUGCGCCUACCGGAGCAAUCAGUGGCGCUACCGGGGCCGCUGUGACAGCAUCCAGUUCGCCGUGGAUAAAAGGGUUUUCAUCGCUGGCUUCGGUCUGUACGGAUCCAGCUGCGGCUCUGCGGAGUACAGCGCCAAAAUAGAGCUGAAACGGCAAGGAGUCCUGCUGGGACAAAACCUCAACAAGUACUUCUCUGAUGGAUCCAGCAAUACCUUCCCCGUGUGGUUCGAGUAUCCGGUUCAAAUCGAGCCCGACACGUUCUACACUGCCAGCGUGGUUCUAGAUGGGAAUGAGCUGAGCUACUUUGGGCAGGAAGGAAUGACCGAGGUGCAGUGUGGCAAAGUGACAUUCCAGUUCCAGUGCUCUUCGGACAGCACCAACGGCACCGGGGUGCAGGGGGGCCAGAUCCCUGAACUCAUCUUCUACGCCUGACAGACGUUCGACUUGAUUUCAGUGCACUUAUUGAAAAAUAGAAAUUCAUCACUUCAUCCAUAGUGGUCGUAUUUAUUUUUGUCACAGCUAGAUUUCGGACCUGUCCAAGGAUCUUCUGUGGUUUUGUUUUUGGUAAAUGAUCCACUUGCAUAGGACCAGAUAGAUGUCUUGUUUUAAAAGAAAAUAAAUAUAUAUAUAUAUAUAUUGCACAGGAUGCGCAUGUAUAUAUGAAUAUAUGUAAAUUCUGAAAUGUCUAUGAUGCCAAACUUGUUGGCCUAAGCUGACCGUGAAGAAAUCGUAUAUAUUAAAGACGCUACACUACGUUUAUUGUUUCUAUGCUUGAGAUAGCAGCAGUACUUCGCACUAUGUAUUCUUAUUCCAUGAC